AAAUAAAACAAACUUAAGAAAAUGUUAUUAAAAAAUAAAUAAGAUUUAAUUGUUUAGAUACAAUUGAAAAAACAUAAAAAACAGGAAAAAGUGAAACAAAAAAGCGAAAUGAGAAAGUUAUAAAACAACAAUAUUUUAAGGUCUUAUAGUAAAAGGCUAAAGAAAAUUACAAUUGUACAUUACAACAACAAUGUGUAUUUAGUAUUUUAUGCAACAUAUGUAACAAACUUAAACAUAAAGAAACUUGGAAAGUGUGUUAGUUAUUUACUACUUAAGUAAAACAAAAAAAGAAAAGAAAACGAGCAACAAUAACUUGUGCUUAAAAAAACACAAAGAAAAUACAACGUGAAAUACUUGUGUGAUUAUAGAAAUACAAUUACUCUCCCAAUGUUAAAACAGCUGGCAGACUGACAUUUUCUGUAAUCUUUUUUUUACUUUUUGGAUUUUUCUAAUUUGUUCUUGUGUCUUCAACAAAAUAUAAAUAUUCUGUAAAUUUAUUAAAAAACUAAUAAAAUUUUAACGUAAUAACAAACAAGAAUAAUAAAAUAAUUUCCAUAAUAACUAAAAGAAAUACAAUUUAAAAGUGUAAUAAUUAAAAUAAUAAAGUAAACGUACAACCAGCGCUGAACAACUAGAAAUAACAAAAACGACCUCGUUCAGUUUUCUAAAUAAAGACAUUUUUUUUAUACCACUGCUGCACAUACAAUAGAAUUUAUAGUCAUUGCCACUGAAAAAAAUUUUCUAAAAAAAAACAAAGUGAAAAAAUAUAACGAUAAAAUAUGCAGUUUCUUGUAGAAAUAAUAUUACAAAUGUAUUAUCAAGUUGCCUUAAAUUAAAAACAUCUUAAACAGUAUUAUUAGCAUUAGCAGCAGCACCUAAACCGAAAACUAAAUCAAAACAUUAUUUAAUUUUAUUCCUACCAUUGGAAUUGUCUAAAAAUCAGUGGUGGUUGGUUGUUUGUUUGUUGUAUGUGAGAUUGUGUGCAUUUUCUAACAUCCGUUCUAUUUGUUGGCUGGCAAUCAAUCACCCACACUACUUGCUAAUGUUCUAAAUAACACUAAAGCUGUACCAUACAUAAAGCAGAAAAAGUGCAUUGAGUUUGUUGCUUUCGUGCUGCUGAAUUGUAAUCCUUUUCCGUUUUUUUAAAUUUAAACUGCAGUUGAUAUUGUUUAUUGUGGCGUUGCUGUCGUCAUCAGCAGUAGUUUUAUAAUUGUAAUACAUUUUCAAUUUCAAUGUCAAUGGCUGAUUUCGAUGCAAUUUAUGAGGAUGAUCAAUUGGAGGAACACUAUGAAGAGCAAACUGUCCCUCCUGGGCCAGAACCCAUAGUGAUACGUGGUGCUGGUAAUAUGACAGUAUUUGGUUUAAGUAAUCGUUUUAAUACAGAAUUUCCAUCUGGCCUGGUAUCACGUGUAGCGCCUGAAGAGUUCAAAGCCACAAUUGGUCGCAUUAAUGGAAUUUUAAAGAAAACACUUCCUGUUAAUGUUAAAUGGCUAUUUUGUGGUUGUGUCUGCUGCUGUUGUACCCUGGGCUGUUCCCUAUGGCCCGUAAUAUGUUUAAGUAAAAGAACACAAAUAACCUUGGAUAAAUUACUAGAAUGGGAGAAUAGUCAUUUAUAUCAUAAAUUGGGUUUACACUGGCGCUUGCAUAAACAACAAUGUGAUUCAAAUUCCAUGAUGGAAUAUGUCAUCUUAAUUGAGUUUAUACCGAAAACGCCUAUAUAUAGACCGGAUUAAACUGGUGAGAUUUAUAAUAAGUAUUAGUUUUAGUUGUUUCAUUAUAUAUAUUUUUUUAAUUUAGAUUAUUAUUUUUUAAUUAUAAUAAAUAUACCUAUUAAACUAAUAUAAACUUAAUGAAUAAAAUAAAUUAAUUUGUAAUUUAAACAGAAA